CAUCUGCAAAUACAAUCAGAACCCAGCAGAAAAGAGAAUGGCUAUCCGUAGGGGAGGCUUUAAUUUAGCAUCAAGGGCUGGACGGUAUUGGCAGGGCGCCGGCCGAGGUAGUUAUUGGCCAACAAAGGGGUUUCCCUGGCCAGGUUCAAAGCGAAUGCCUCAAGUGGCAUACGCACUUAACACCUGCCAGACGCUUAGCAACUAUGCUACAAGUUCCCGCGGCAAGACUCAAUCAUCAAAAUCAUCAUCUGGAUCGUCGAACUCGGAAAACCCCCAUCUAUCUCCCCCGAAAGGGCUCGAGCAGCCCAUCUCCAUGCCCUUCACUCGCCUUGAUGAAGGUACAUGGCUUCACAACCGCCCCGAAACUGACGUAUAUAAGAUUCUCAUCGACGCCUACCGUCUUCGUGUUGAGGAUACUUAUGUUUUCCAAGGAGAGUUGAUGGAGGACAGCCUCUAUGCCAAUCAAAAGAGUGGGUUACGCGGCUUUCAAAAGUUUUUGCGAAAAGCUGGCACUAUCCCGGGCCUGUUGCCCCCAUGGUGGAAUAAGGAGAAAAAAGCAGCCUGUGUGCGUUUGGGGAUGGAGGCAUCGCAAUGGUCAAGUCUGCAAUACGCGGUUGAGAAGAGCGACAUUAUCGAGCACUACGGGGAUCGUCUCUUUCCAAUGCAACUGCGAAUGCUGGCGGAGGCGGUCUAUGGAAUCCAUCCCAGUGGCACUGAUUCAGCGCUGAUGCGAAAACUUAUGGUGUCAAUGGAGCGGGGGGAAACGAGGUCUUACUCCAUAUUUGAUUUCUCCCGACUAUGGAAACGCUGGAGAUCUUGAAUGGAUGGGGCACAUGGCAAUUCACCGCUAAUAAUGCGACACUCUGCUCUGCUAUGAGGAACUUUGAUGUUAUAUAGUUCAUACUGGUAACAGCAGACACCGACUAAGUUUAGGAUCUGGGAAUAGAUCAUUCUGACACGAC